AUGGGGGGAGAAGCAGAUUACAACCGCCCCUUUACAGAGAGUGAAGUGAUCAAAACAAUCCUCACCCGGCCGAACAAGAAAGCAACAGGCUCUGAUCUACUCUCAUAUGAACACCUAAAGGGUAGCCUUGACGUCACUGCCCGCCUCUGGACGAACAUCUACAACCAAUGCUUGAAGGAAGGGAGAAUCGUUGCAGACUGGAAAAACAGCACGACUAAAGUCCUCUACAAGGGAAAAGAUAACUACAUCAGAAUCGACGAUGGACUACGAAGAACAAAGCCAAUCGCACAGAAAUUGGGAGUACUUCAAGGGGAUUCCCUGAGUCCAUACCUCUUUGCCUGCUUCACCUGGGAUCUUCCUUCUGCUAUCAAAACGGCCCACCCCUCCCUGAAGGUGAAGCUAUUCGCAGAUGACCUACUGUUCACUGCCCCUUCCCGGGAAGCAAUAGCGAAAGGGGUCACAUUCCAGACAACUUGCUGCUUCACAGAACAUAUUAAGAACGUGGUUGUAAGAGCUACACGAGCAACAUUCUCCCUGCCCAAUCCACGCAAGCUGUCUGUUCAGGCAGGAGUCAAACUUUUCAACAUCAAAAUUCGACCAAUCCUUACAUAUGCCAUAGAACCUAUUUGGCCCCACCUAAAAGCAGCAAACCUGCACACCCUAGAUAGGGCAAAAACCACCUUCUUGAAGAGAAUGCUAUCCUUGCCCCCAAGUGCAUCCAAUACACUGGUGCUGGCCAUGUGCCACCAGGAAACUCUAGUUGAGGAUCUACUACGUGAAAUGAACCUCCCAGAGAACAUGCAAACCAAGCAAUACAGAACAGAGAUUGAAGGGAAGAGAAGGGACAUUGAAGAAGAUUUUUGGAAAACACCGGCCCUAACAGACCAGUGGACAGGACCAAACGACAAGAUUCGACAUGUAUUGACUCGACAAGCCCUCCAUGGAUUCCACUUUAAGAUCUGCAAAACCAAAGCCUUCCACAAAGCAAAAGAAGGAUGUGACUCAGACAUUGAUGAACUCUUAUGGAGACUGGCUCGUGCAGCAUAUGAAGAGUCCAAGCUGGUGGAUGAGAAGCAGAGGGAGAAGGAGUUGAUCCUUGAGGCUGCCUCAUAUGUGCGAAGGGCUUUGGAAGUGAAUGCAGAAAACGCAGCUGCCCACAAGUGGAUGGCCAUUCUCUUAGACAAAACCAGCCGCUAUGAGGGAACCAAAGCCACCAUCCUCAAUGCCUAUAAAAUUAGGGAACACAUGCAGGCCAGUCUCUCAAAUUUGCAUUCAGUCUCGUUUCCCCUUUCUCAGAUGUUCCACUACUGGAUUUCUUUCCCCCAUCCACAGAGGUCACAUGAACUAAAUCCCAAGGAUGCAACAACACUCUAUCUCAUGGGGUCAUGGUGCUUUGCAAUAGCAGAGAUGCCUUGGUAUCAAAGGAGACUGGCAUCUGCCAUCUUUGCCACACCUCCUGAAUCCUCAUUUGAGGAAGCCCUUGAGUUCUUCCUUAAGGCAGAGAAUCUGGAUCCCCACUUUUACAAGUUUGUCCUUUAA